GCCCCGGGUUAGGCCUCCUUGUUGAGUUCCAAGAGAGAGACGGGAAGGGCAUAAAGAUCGGAGCCGGAUACUCCAAUGUUGUACAGUUAUUUAAGCGUCGUGGUUUUGUAUUUAUGUGCCUCCUCCCCAACCCUGGGAGUCUCAUUUCCUUCGUUUUGACAAACCUUUAGCCUAGCGUGGUAGCUAGCUAACGUUCCAGGUAACAAUAAUAAAAAAAAAAAAGUCCAAGGUAGCGGCGAGCGAGCGAGACAGAAAAGGAAAGCUUCCACAUGGCGUUAAUCCUGUUUACGAGGUCCAGGGCACCAUUAAUGACAACCUCCAGGUCGUUAAACAACGAUCUACGAAAAGCCAAAGGGAAGCUCAAAGAUGCGUCCUGCUUCAACUGCACUGCGUUAAGACUCUCCAGUCAGAGACUCGACGAGUUCCGAUUAGUCAGCGCAGCCCGGCUCUCUCAGUUGAGCCCCUCGCCCCACUCGUCCAUCGCCCGUCGCCAGAGCUCGGACUCACGCCACCUAUUAUGCGCCGUGGCCCCCCGGGCCACCCCUUCGCCGUACGUCGGCAUUUCCACCGGGACCAAGCCGUGGCGGCGGGACGUGCACGUGCGCUGGCUCCACGCCUCGCCGGCGAGGCGGGAUGACUCCAAGGUGGAGAAAUCUCUGCGCUCGCUGAAGGACAAGAUGAAGCUGGAGGAAGGGGGCCCGGUGUACAGUCCCGCCGCGGACGCCGAGCCCGCGCGACGGACGCUGCGGCAGCGGGUGCUGGACGAAAUCAAACAUUACUACCACGGCUUCAGGCUGCUCUUCGUGGACACGGGGAUCGCCGGGCGGAUGCUGUGGCGAGUGCUCAACGGGCACGGCCUGUCCCGCCGGGAGAGAAGACAGUGUCUCCGGACCUGUGCGGACGUCUUCCGCCUGCUGCCCUUCCUGGUGUUCAUCAUCGUCCCCUUCAUGGAGUUUCUGUUGCCCGUCGCGCUCAAGCUGUUCCCCAACAUGCUGCCGUCCACUUUCGAGACGCAGUCCAAAAAGGAGGAGAGGUUGAAAAAGGAGCUGCGCGUCAAGCUGGAGAUGGCCAAGUUCUUGCAGGACACCAUCGAGGAGAUCGCGUUGCGUAACAAGGCGGCCCAAGGUGACGUCGCCGAAGAGUUCUCCACAUUUUUCCAGAAGAUCCGCAACUCGGGCGAGCGUCCCAGCAACGAGCAGAUCUUGCGCUUCUCCAAACUGUUCGAGGACGAGCUGACGCUGGACAACCUGACCCGGCCUCAGCUGGUGGCGCUGUGCCGCCUGCUGGAGCUGCAGUCCAUCGGCACCAACAACUUCCUGCGCUUCCAGCUCAUCAUGAAGCUGAGGAACAUUCGCGCCGACGAUAAGCUGAUUGCCGAGGAGGGCGUGGAGAGCCUCAACGUGAACGAGGUGCAGGCCGCCUGUCGGGUUCGAGGGAUGAGGUCGCUGGGCGUCACCGAGGAGCGGCUCCGAGAGCAGCUCGGCCAGUGGCUGGAACUUCAUCUGAAGCAGCAGAUCCCCACCUCCCUGCUGCUGCUGUCCCGAGCCAUGUACCUGCCCGACACGCUGUCCCCCGCCGACCAGCUGAAGAGCACCCUGCAGACGCUCCCCGAGAUGGUGACGAAGGAGGCCCAGAUGAUGGUGGCCGAGAUGGAGCUGUCCAAAGUGGACAACAAGACCAAAGUGGAGACCACGCUGCAGGAGGAAGCGGCCAUUCGCCAGGACAACAAGGAAAGGGAGAUGGAGAGGCUGGCCGACGCUGCCGAGAAGGCUGCCAGGGACAGCGAGGAGCUGGAGGCCGAACCGAGCGGCCAGCCGCCGCCUCAGGCUGACCUGCUCAGGGACACGGCACCCGUCGUCGAAGGAGUUAAGGGCGAGGAGAUCACCAAAGAGGAGAUCGACCUGAUCAGCGACGCCUGCUCCAAACUGAAGGAGCAGAAGAAGCUGCUGACGCUGGAGAAGGAGGAGCUGGAGGAACUUAAGGACGACGUGCAGGAGUACAGCGAGGACCUGGAGGAGAUCAAGAAGGAGCUCUCCAAGACGGGCCAGGAGAAGGCGGUGUGCGAGUCCAAGGCCAGCCAGCGUCUGUCCAAGAGGGUCAACCGCAUGAUCGGACGGAUGGACAAGAUCAUCGGGGAGCUGGAGAAGGACAAAGUCAUCCUGGACGGACAGAUGGACAGCGGAACCACGCCGCCCGUCGGUCUCUUCUACGCCUUCAGGGAGAACCUGAUCAGCAUCGACGAGCUCAUCGGCGUCAUGCGGCAGAUCCAGAACAUUCCCGAACACAAGCUGCAGAGCAUCGCCGAGGCGCUCGAUGACAACAAGGAUGGCAAGAUUGACAUCGACGACGUCAUCAAGGUGGUGGAGCUGAUCGACAAGGAGGACAUCGACAUCACCACCACGCAGGUGGCCGACAUCAUGACGAUGCUGCAGAAGGAGGAGAAGCUGAUGGAGAAGGAGAAGGCCAAGGACAAGGCGGAGAAGGAGCAGGCGGCCAACCUCAAUGGCUAGAAGAGAAGACGGGGGCGGGGGGCGCAAAACUUUCGCAGGUGAACUCACUUUGGCAACCUUGUGGGAAAAAAAAUGUAGUGCCGCCACAAACUCGAGCAGCUCCUGUUGCCUUUAGAAGGCGCCGCGGCAGACAAAAGGACACUCGCGUGUUGUUUUAUUAUUUAUUGGACCACGGGACACGUUGGGAGGCAUUCGUCGGCAAAAAGCUCAACAAAGCUUUUAAAAAAAAAAAAAAAAGAGGACAUGAUCAGAAGACGAAGCGUGAACGACGGGCGAUGCUUUCUGCACUUUAGUAAAACGUCAUUCCUCCUCCUCCUCCUCCUCAUUCAUCUCAAUCGGACACUCGUUUCCACCAAAGAAGACGGACUUCAAAUCAUUUCAUUUUUUGCACCGCUUCAUUUCCCCUUUUCAUCGUCAGCGCACCGAUUGACAGCAGAUGGCCCAACGCGUCGGCUUUCGGGAGCUCUGUCAUCGUCGCCAUGGUUACUGCUGCCCCCCCCCCCUGUCUGAGCAAGAGCUUUUUAAGUUCUUUUAAAGAACUUUGAGAAGCAGCUGUGUUCAGGCGUGAAAGGGGAACGCAAAUCAAGACCGAGGCCGUUUUCCCACCUGCAACUUUGCUCCAUGGCGGCUUUUGCGAUUGUUAGCAAACAAGCGGCGCCGGCCCACACCAGUGACCCAAACCGCGACCCGGCAACAACACUUCAGUCUGGAGGAAGGCGUCGAUGUCGAACCACGGGUGCAUUUAUUCGAUGCUAUUUAUCUUUGAUGUCAUACGACAUGCGAGGCAAGUUGCGCACAAAUGAAUGACGACGUGCCGCCGUUAGAGAGAUUCUAAAAGUCUGUCAGGUUGCCGCGACCAUCGGCACUUGACGUAGCAACGAGUGGGCCGCGAUGUCGUUCGGUGGCCAAAUGUUACUGUUGAGUCAUUCAAACUGGCGUGCGGAAAAAACGGGCGCCACGACGUCGCUGGCUUUGGGCGGAACCCUUCCAAAAGCAUCGCUGAUCCAAACUUUCGUCAAACAUUAACGUGGCGACGUCGAAGACAGCGAGCCGUUUUCAACACGUCAGAUUGCUCA